AUGAUCGUGUCCAACGUGAGCCUGAGCGGCUGCGCGGAAUCCAACAGCGCUCUGUGCGCCGGAGCCGGGGAAGGGCACCUGGGGGGCGGUUCGUACCGGACCACCCUCAGCCCGACAGGACACCUGGUAGUGGCUGUGUGCCUCGGCUUCAUCGGCACUUUUGGACUCGCGAACAACCUGCUGGUGCUUGUGCUUUUCUGUCGCUACAAGAUGCUGCGGUCUCCCAUCAACCUGCUCCUGAUUAACAUUUCUGUCAGCGACCUGCUCGUGUGCUUACUGGGGACUCCGUUCAGCUUCGCGGCCAGCACGCAGGGACAGUGGCUCAUUGGAGCAGGCGGGUGUGUGUGGUACGGCUUCGCCAACUCCCUCUGUGGCAUUGUGUCCUUGAUCUCCCUGGCCAUCCUCUCUUAUGAGCGCUACAGCACCAUGAUGACCCCCACAGAGGCAGAUUCCUCCAACUACCGCAAGAUCUCCCUGGGCAUCAUCCUGUCCUGGGUCUACUCCCUCAUAUGGACCCUUCCGCCACUCUUUGGUUGGAGCCAUUAUGGUCCAGAGGGUCCUGGGACAACAUGCUCCGUCGACUGGACAACCAAGACAGCAAAUAACAUCUCUUAUAUCAUCUGCCUGUUUGUCUUCUGCCUCAUCAUGCCGUUCCUGGUGAUCAUCUUCUGCUAUGGGAAACUGCUGUGCGCCAUCAGACAGGUGAGUGGCAUCAACUCAUCGAUGAGCAGAAAACGUGAGCAGCGAGUGCUAUUCAUGGUGGUGAUCAUGGUGAUCUGCUAUCUACUUUGCUGGCUGCCAUAUGGGGUCAUGGCUCUACUGGCCACAUUCGGGCCACCUGGCCUGGUCACCCCUGAGGCAAGCAUCAUCCCAUCAGUACUGGCCAAGACCAGCACAGUCAUCAACCCAGUCAUCUAUGUCUUCAUGAAUAAACAGUUUUACAGAUGUUUCCAAGCUCUGCUGCGAUGUGAAACUCCUCGACGAGGCUCCAGCUUGAAGAGCUCCUCCAAGGUUGCUACCAAGGCCAUGAGGGGGGCUGCAGUGGCCGGUACCCGCCGAACCAAUGAUUUUCUAUUUAUGGUAGCGUCACUGGGUCAACCAGCUGUCACUGUUCCCCAGCUGGACCAGUCCUGUGAACCCACUAUUGAUGUCACCAAAGCCGCAUCUUCAGACAACAAACCUGUCGUGGUGUCACUAGUGGCGCAUUGUGAUGGCUGAUGAUUGGCUAUUACUGUGAAAUCUCCAAGUCCCCAGUCAGGAAGUCAUUAAUAAUGAGAAGGGGGCUGUGUUGCUGAGGCUCAGAGAGCAGCCGCCUGCCAGUCCAGGUGGAUUUAUCGCAGCUGUUGCAUCACCUCAACCCCGACCGGUACUGAUGAUAAACUGAUAACAAAGGGAAGGCUUGGACUGCCUCUGGACUAUAUGAGGAGCAAAAACAAUCUGAGAAGUUGGAAAUCUGUUUCUCUUCGGAGGAAAAGGACAUAUCUUGCUGAGAGGAACCAUUUGAACAUUUUUUGGAGAGGGUGGGGCACAGUUUUUCAAAUAAAACUGGUAUCACAAGGAUCUUUCUUUUGUGCAAUAUGUAAGCUAUAGGUUUGGUAAGAUAUUCAAUGUCAUAAUGGAAAAGACUUAGAGAAAGGAAGAGGAAUAUUUCGUAUUUUUGUAUUUAUUUGUUUCAGCAGUGGUUACAACUGAAGAGCACAAGGUGUUUAUGACCCCAAGCAUUUUGAAGUCUCACUUAAUGCAUUUAAAAUUUGAAAUAUAAAAAAAAGAAAAUGAAAAAACAAAACAAAACAAAGAAGAGC